AUGGCCAAGAGCAGCAGCCCAGUUUUUGGUUCAUCGCCGGGGCCUUGGCACACCGGCCUCUUCGGCUGCUUCGAAGACGUUCCUAACUGUUUAAUUACAUGUUUUUGUCCGUUCGUUACUUUCGGACAGAUUGCGGAGAUCGUAGACAAAGGGGCAACAUUUAUUUUCCAAAGUCGUAUUUGUAUUGCUGGCAUGUGCUGCGAGUGUACCGGCGGCUGCUUGUAUUCGUGUUUCUAUCGUUCCAAGUUGAGGAACCAAUACGCACUGGUUGAGAGCCCUUGUGCCGAUUGCUGCGUUCAUUGCUCUUGCCUGUGUUGCGCCUUGUGCCAAGAGUACCGUGAGCUCAAGAAACAAGGUUUCGAUAUGUCCAUUGGAUGGGAAGGAAAUGUAGAGAAAAAGCGGCAUCAAAUGAAGAUGGCACCAAUGGCUCAAGGAGGGAUGACUAGAUAAAAGAGGUGGGAUGAUAUCGAAUUUGGUUGGUCGUUGAACUUUUGUGAUGUUGUAAGACAUAAAUUUGUACGUUUCUUUCGGGAUAAAUUCCUCUUAUAUCCCUUUGACUUUUACACGAAUUCCAUUUUAGUCAUUCUUCCAUGUACAACAUGGCAUGUAUUUUCAAGAACAGAUGCUGAUGCUUCAUUUGUUUAUUUUCCUUUGUUAAGUGUGUGUCUUGCAACUUGAA